UUACGAUAGUUCUUAGUGAUGAUUGCUUUGGCUCAAUUCGUUUUCGUAUUAUUGGGAGCUACAAUCGUUUUAGCUCUCCCAAACGGUAUCUUCAUCCCACGAACCAGCCUUCGCUAUCAGCAUAUACAGGACGACGUAGGCAGACUCCACCUUAUAGACCUCUGGGCGCCAGACACAGAUUUCUCUGCCAGAUACAACCCAGACAUACAGAAUCAAUACCAUCUUUUUACCAGGAAGAACCCUUCAGUUAGUCAGCCCUUAGUCCGAGGCCUCGAAGACCUUGUAAAGUCAUCCAACUUCGAUGCUUCAUUAAGAACUGCUAUCCUCAUCUACGGUUGGGGCGAUGAUGCCCGUGGAAGCUUCAAUGCUGCUGUUUUAGCUGCCUUCUUAGCGGCAGAAGAUAUGAACGUGAUCGUAGUCGAUUGGAGUGCUGGAAACAGUGGCUUAAAUCUCGUCAGAGCAGUCCAGAACACCAUAUUGUCAGGAGCAUCAGUAGUUCGCUUCAUUCUCUGGCUGAACAGCAUCACUGGAGCGAACCUUUCGCAGUACCAUGUGGUUGGCUACAGCCUGGGAGGGCAUCAGGCUGGAGCUGUAGGCAAAAACCUUGGAGGGAUGGUUGCUUACAUCACUGCACUGGAUCCAGCAAGACCUCUCUUCGAAAACAAUCCAGAUAAGUUUGCAUCCACCGAUGCAGUUUACACAGAAGUUAUACAUACCAACGGAGGUGGACUAGGGUAUUUGGAGCCGCUGGGCGAUGUGGACUUCUAUCCCAAUGGGGGUGUUAAAAUGGCUGGAUGUCUUACUAGCUUGUGCAGUCAUGAUCGGGUGUUUCAUUACUUUGCCGAGUCUAUCCGGGGAGGAGUUUUCACAGGUAGAAAGUGUAAGAGCUACCAGCACGCAGUCAACGGCGACUGUCCUUCAGAAGACACCUUACUCAUGGGAGGAGUCAAACCUAAGACCGGGUACUCCGGCGUAUAUUAUUUGCAAACUAAUUCUUGGCCGCCUUACUCGCGCGGAUAAGAAGAAAAAAUUACAUUCAUAGGAUACUAUAUGCCUUUGUGCAUUGCC